AUGGAUAUCCACCGUUGCCGUUUCGUCCCCUACAACCCUCAGGCGAUCAAUGCGCUUGCCUUCUCCCACCCUCCCUCCGCAGAACUCGCAGGACGAGGUGUCCCUACCCUCCGACUCGCAAUCGGUCGCGCAAACGGCGAUAUCGAGAUCUGGAACCCCCUGCGCGGCGCCUGGUUCCAGGAGACAGUUCUCAGAGGAGGAAAAGACAGAAGCAUUGAGGGGCUCGCAUGGACGCUCGAUCCCCCUGAGCCUGGUCCCGAUGGGUCGAAGCUGCCUGGACGUCUGCGCCUCUUCAGUAUCGGAUACUCAACUGCCGUGACGGAGUGGGAUAUCGAACAGGGUCGUCCUCUGCGCCAUUCGAGCGGAAACUACGGCGAGAUCUGGUGUUUGGCUGCUCAGCCCAGGUGGCAGGCGACGCGGGGAUGCGCCGACGGAUCGAUUGUUAUCUUGUCCACGGCGGAUAAUGAUCUGAAGUAUCUGCGUACUAUGCGCCCGUCUACGAAGAGGUCGAGAGUGCUCAGUGUUACUUUCCAGAACCGUAACACCCUGGUCGCGGGCUAUGCGGAUAGUUCGAUUCGGUUGUACGAUAUUCGGAGUGGUCAGCUCUUGCGCACGAUAUCCCUGGGUAAGGGGCCUGCGGGAGGAACGAAAGAAUUGCUCGUUUGGUCGGUUAAGUGUCUGCCUGAUGGAACGAUUGUUUCCGGUGACUCGGCUGGUGAAAUCCGCUUUUGGGAUGCUAAGAACUAUGCCCUUAUUCAACGUCUGCAGGGCCAUUUGGCGGAUACUUUGGACAUUGCUGUGAGCGCGAAGGGUGAUACUGUUGUCAGUGGUGGUGCCGAUCAGAGGACGGUCGUUUAUAGGAAGAAGGAAGGCGAGAAGGGAGACAAGAAGGCCAGAUGGACUGAGGUCAUGCAUCGUCGCUACCACACUCAUGAUGUGAAGACCUUCGCUGUUUAUGAGACCAGGGAUAUCAGUAUUGCCGUGUCUGGAGGACCUGACGCCGCACCGGUUGUCCUGCCCCUGCGCGAAUUCGGAAAGGAGCACCACAGAAAGCUGUCUAGCUUGCCUCAAAUACCCCAACUUGCAUCUUCUCCUUCAUCUAGGCUCGUGAUGAGUUUCUGGGAUAGGGAAGUCAGUAUCUGGCGUCUGCACCGCGGUCCUGCGUCACACGAGAAUGCCGAUGGCCAGCGGCAUCGGUUGGUUGGCAAGGUUCUCAUUCAGGGCGAAGAAAACAUCACAUCUGCUAUGCUCUCCGCUGACGGAAAGAUCCUCGUCGUUGCCACGAUAUCCACCAUCAAGCUGUUCUCCGUGCGGCGCCGCAAGGGCGAUGAGAAGGGAACUCUCCGCAUACAGAAGUUGGAUGUACCGAAGGCUCUUGCGGAGGACGGUGCUCGGGUCGUGACCGUCGCUCCCAACGGCCAGUGGGUUUGCGUCGUUCGUCCCAACAGUGCCAUGUACCUGGCUCGGAUCAAGCCCGCUUCCACCGCGCAAGAGAAGCCUCACAUUCACUCCCAGCUUGUCAAGCUGAACAGAGCUACUCGUCACACUCGUUUCGAGAAGGCCUCGCACGGUACCUUGGGCGAGUAUGAGAGAACGGUGCGAUGCGUCGUGUUCUCCGACGACAGCAAGGUCCUGGCAUCCGGUGACCUCUCCGGCUGUGUCGAUACCUGGGCGCUCCAAAACGCCGAGGACGGCCCCAAGAAGCACAACAAUGCUGCCGGAUCAGACGACGACUCUUCGGAUGACGAAGACCAGCCAGUGAUCGAAGGUCAGCGCUGGAGCCAUGCUGCAGGGGAGUCACCCAUCCCCCGUCUCAAGUCCGGUGUUGUCCUUCUGUCGUUCCGUCCCCCCAACCCAGCCAAGACGAAACUCCUUACAAACGGAGCCGCAAAGGGAGAGCACCGCCUGAUGGCCCUCACAAGCGAGCACCAGCUCGUCGAGUUCGACGCCGUCGAAGGCAAGCUGUCCGACUGGUCCCGGAGAAACCCGAAGGCCUUCCUCCCCGAAGAGUUCCGAGGCGUCAAGGACCGCGCCAUGGGCUGUGUCUGGGAUCUGUCCGCAGCCCGCGAACGCCUGUGGCUCUACGGCACCUCCUGGCUGUGGAUGUUCGACCUCAACCAGGACUUCCCCUCCCCCGAGGAACUCAACGCCUCCGCAGACAACCAUGAAGACGAAAACGCCUCGACACAAGCCUCCAAGAAGUCGUCCACGCAGAAGCGCAAACGCAACCCAUUCGAGGAGGAAGAGAACGCCCGCAAGAAACCCAACAGCGGUGCCGGUGACAGGAUACCCCUCGCCCAGUCUGACCUGUUCUUCGCCGCCAAGAUGCGCAAGAUCGUCGGCAGCGACGAAGGCCAAGGCGAAUGGAUGUCCCUCGACAAGGAACGUCCUCGCGCCCCCGACGCCGACGACGAAGCGUACGACUACGACGAAGCAUACACGGCCAACAACGACGUCGCUCUGGCCCGUCUCCGCAGAGAAAGACAAUUCAUCGAAACCAGCACCCCCCUGAAGCGCGUCUCCAUCGGCGGCAAGCAGGACAAACUCCUCCUCGGCGGUGAUAUCGAAAGCCCCUCCGCCCAGAAACAACUCGUCCCUGCAUCGGCCGACUCGAAAUCCCAGCAGCCCUCGCGCCGCUGGUGGCACACCUACAAGUACCGUGAUCUCCUGGGUAUCGUGCCCCUGGGCUCGGAUGCCGAUGAUGCCGACAGCGAUAGCGACAGUCAUUUCUUGGAAGUCGCCGUCGUGGAAAGACCCAUGUGGGAUGUCGAUUUGCCGGGUCGUUAUGUCCGGGACUACGCUUAG